AUGCAUGAUAGUGCUGAACCUAGUGCAAUCAGGCUGCAUCAUGCGCUUCUUCACUGUUGGCGCCGGCAGAGCCAGAGCCGAGCCCAGCUGCCGCUGCCCGCCCCGCGGGGCCCGGUUCAUGGUAAGGGUCGGUGUCAGGGCGGGGGCAGGGCACUCACACACCGGCCCGAGCCCCUCUGGGGGACGCGGCCCGCGGCGGGCGGCUCGGCCUCGGGGGUCGCCGGCGGCGGGGAAAGCCCCGUUCCGGGCCGGGAAGUUCCGGCAGCGGCUCCUGCUGGGACGCGGCGCUACGUGCGGGGCUUUCGCAACGCAGGGGGAACCGCGCCCCGCAGCCGCUGGAGGGACCCCGCUGCACCAGGCCCCCCUCAGCGGCCUCCUUCAUUAGCCACAGCCCCCUCCUCCCCUAGCGGCUGCAGCUCCCCCUCUUUCCGCCCGGAGCCCCCUCAGCAUCUCCCCCCUCAUCCCCCUCAGCUGCCUUCCCCUCGUCCCGCCCGCACUUCCCGUCCCUUCAGCCGCUCGCCCCAGCUUUCGGUCCCCUCCUGGCUCAGGCCCCCUCGCCCUCCUCUCCUCUUCCCCCUCCCUGGGGUUCCCCGGCCGGCCUUGCCCCCGGGACUGCUCCCCCGCCGCGGGGCUCCCCAGCCGCAGGGGCGGAGCGCGGCCCGGCCCGCGCUGUAG